AUGGGUGCGGGUGGCAGUACAGAGUACGGGUGCGGGUGGCACUACAGAGUACGGGUGCGGGUGGCAGUACGGAGUACGGGUGCGGGUGGCAGUACAGAGUACGGGUGCGGGUGGCAGUACAGAGCAGAAGUGCACGUGGCAGUACAGAGUAUAUGUGCGGGUGGUAGUACGGUGCAGGAGUGCGUGUGGCAGUACAGAGUACUGGUGCGGUUGGCAAUACAGUGCAGGAGUUCGUGUGGCAGUACAGAGUAUAGGUGCGGGUGGCAGUACGGUGCAGGAGUGCGUGUGGCAGUACAGAGUAUAUGUGCGGGUGGCAGUAUGGUGCAGGAGUGCCUGUGGCGGCAGUACAGAGUACGGGUGCGGAUGACUGUACGGAGCUGA